GUCCUCUUUCCUCUUCGAAAUGUCUAACUUCUAUGAUAGCCUUGUGUUUGAGUUUCAGCCAUGGUGGUGGGCUGGUUUUGCGGUGGUUCUGGCCUUGUAUUAUGCACGGCUCAUGACCAAGAAAUCACCAAGAAGGCCGCCGUUGCCACCAGGUCCGCCAGGCCUGCCUUUGCUAGGAAACCUUCCCUUUCUUCCACCUGAUUUAAAUCACUACUUUACCAAAUUGUCUCAAACUUAUGGUCCCAUCAUGAAGCUCCAACUGGGCAGUAAGAUCUGUAUUGUUAUAACCUCCCCUUCGCUCGCCAAAAUAAUCCUAAAAGACAACGAUAAAAUCUUUGCUAACCACGAAGUUUUUGCAGCGGCGAGAACCCUAGUUUAUGGUGGGAUUGACAUUACUUUCAGCCCUAAUGGUCCGCAAUGGAAGAAGAUGCGAAAGAUUUUUGUUCAUCAACUGAUGAGCAACGCGAGCCUUGAUGCCUGCUAUGCACUUCGCCGACAUGAAGUACGAGAAAUGGUGAAGGACCUGCAUGGCAAAGCCGGUUCCCCCAUUAAGAUCGGCGAGCAAAUGUUUAUUACGACCCUGAACGUUACAAUGAAUAUGGUAUGGGGUGGUCAAUUGCAUUUGGAGGAAAGGAACAGCAUAGGGCCUGAGUUUAGACGGUUAGUAAUGGAGGUUUUUGAAUUGUUGUCAAGAGCCAAUAUCUCUGAUCUUUUCCCUGUCCUGGCUCCAUUCGAUCUUCAAGGAAUCGAGUUGAAAAUGAAGAAGUUGUUUCUGUGGUUUGAUCAGAUGUUUGAAUCAGUCAUAGCAGGCCGAAUGAAUGAAAACGAUGAGGUUAAAAACAAGGAUUUGCUGCAGUUCUUGUUAGGAUUGAAGCAUCAAGGCGACGAAGGGAGUACUCCAUGUUUAUCCACAGAUGAAAUUAAAGCAUUGUUUAUGGAUACUUUAUUUGGCGCUUUGGAAAAUUCAUCGACCAUGGUGGAGUGGGCCAUGACAGAAUUACUACGACAUCCAGCAAAAAUGAGAAGAGCAAGGGAAGAAAUUGAGGAAGUGAUCGGAAACCAGAACAUUGUGGAGGAAUCCCAUUUGCCCAAACUGCUAUAUUUGGAUGCAGUCAUAAAAGAGGCACUUCGACUUUAUCCAGUGGCUCCCUUCCUAGUGCCCCGCAACCCCAGCAAGGAUUGCUGUGUGGCCGGAUACACGAUCCCUCAGGGCUCCAGAAUCAUGAUUAAUUUAUGGACAAUUCAAAGGGACCCCGAGCCUCAGAUUAAUCGCCAACGCUUUGAGGAUGCAGGAGAGAUGGAACAUGUUAGCAACAGUGCCCAUCAAUGAGUUAUGUAUGCUAGUUUAUUUGUAGUUUGGCAGAGUAAACUAAAUGCUUAAUUCGGCUGCUUUUAAGCGCAUUCACCCCAAAGCAUUGCUGUGUGUUGAUGAGAUGUAUUUCACAACAAGAAAAUGCCAAAUUACACGUCAGUUUGGGUGGAAAGAAUGUGAUUUUUAAUAAAUUUUAUACAGUUUU